GUUUGGGUUGGAAAGUGAUUAAUAUAAGUUGCAAGAACUUGUUUUGUGAUCAAGCUUAAAUAAAUACGUUUAAACCAAUGGGCCUUAAAAGAAUGAACUUUUCAUACAUUUCUGUCUUAGACAUACUGUGCCUUGAAGCAUGUGAAGGGUAAGGCUAAUCUCGAAUAAUUAUCAGUUAAUCUUAUCUUAUUUUUCAUCCUUGGGUAAACAGAUUUAGAUACAUGUAUAUUUGAUAGUAGAUUAUGAUAGUACAGCACUGUAUCCAUUAGAGUGGCCUGUGUAGUGUAGAGGAUUGAAAAAAAUAUAUUUCUUAGGCAGCGUUUAGUUAUCAUUAUGAAUGGAAAGCUUAGUUAUCUUUAUGAAAGGAAUACUGAAUUCGAAAGAAAAGAUUUUGAGGAUUUCAUUACAUAAUUUAAUUAAGUUCAAGCUAAAGUAACUUUUACAUAAUUUAAAAGGUCAAAACCGCCAAUUGAUAUAAAUGUCAACAACAAAAAAAAACAACAACACCAUUGUUUAUAUAAAUCAAUACUUGUUAAUAAACAUGAUAAUUUCCUAUUUAUGAAUUGCUUUUCUUUUUUUCAUAUUUAUAUAAAAAAAAUGAGAACUAUGGAUAUAAGAUUCAUACCUGGAGAAAGUUAGAACACACUGUAAUUAACGGAACAGUGUUUGUUUUUAAUUAGUGACUGCUUAAAGUAGGCACAAAAUAAAAAAACUCACCUGGUAUCUCUUUACCUUUAAGAUAAUAAUUUCUCCAUCAUCGAUAUCAGUUAUGAAAUACGCAUUAAUCAAAGAUGGGUGUUGGAGAUGUAAUUUUAGCAAGUAAAGCAUGAACGCUUGCUGGUUAAUAGAUUAUAACCAUAUAUACCCAGCCUAGAAGCUGAUAAGGCCAGUACGUCUACCUAUUGUGCACAUGUGUGGGAUGAAUUAACAACAUUUUUAUAUUCGCAAGCUGGGAUAAAAUAUUUUUCGGAUACUACAUGAGUCUUAUCAGUGAAGGGAGUUGUAACAUAGUUUUUUUCGUGUGCUGUUUAUUUGAAAGAAAUAUGAAGGAUAUUUUGUUUUGGAUGUGAAAAAGGAAAAAGUGUGUUAAUGUUUCGUAAAUAUACGUGAAUUGUGUUAAACGUGGUUUAGAGAAAAGGUGUAAAUGUUAUCUGUUAAACAUCACUGGAUAGAUAUUGUUAACAGGAAGUGAGAUGUGCAGGUUACUCUAGGAUAUAUAUCGAGUAACCUUGACCUUCAUAUAAGAAAGGUGAUAGUUAGAUUAAACAUAUAUAUUAUAUGUAUAUGACCUGUUGUAAUAUAUUGUAUGUAAGUGAAAAUAUCAGGAUUCGGGAAAAUUUUCGCUACUAACAAUGAAAAAAUAACUAGUAGAUUUCAUAUAAAGCACUCUGCUUUAAUAAUAAACAAUUAAAGCGAGAAAAUUUGUGUUUCGGCAAAAGGAAUAAGGUUUAAAAAGAGAGAAAUGUUCUGCUGUAAGCCAAAGAGGAGAGAGUAUGACGUAGCAGUGGAGGAGGAGAUUGAUAAAGAGAGAAAUAAAGAUUCGCAUGUUGAUACGGAUAAAGAUGGUAAAGAUAAUGUUAAUGAUAUUGAAUCUCCUAUUGAAGUGACUGUUACUGAAGUGACAGAGUCGGAAUUGAAAACCAGUCCCGAACAAAAUGGCAGUGUUAAGAAAACUGAGAACCAGACUGGGGAAGGGGAAACAGGGGAGAAAGCUAAAGUGGAGGAAAAAGAUUCAGAAAAGGUAGAUAAAAAAGAGUCCUACUUAUAUGUCACAAAAGAGUGAAGAAAUAGGGGAAAAGAAAAAUCCGAGGUAUACAUCUCAAAUGAGCGUAACUAGCUCUUUAAGCAUACGUGAAGAAAUAAAUCGUAGUAGGGAACAAUUCUUUUCUAAUUCCUCUCUAAAUGACUUUAA